UGCAACGAUAAAAAGAAAUUUAUAGUCAGCGGAGAGAGAGAAGAAGGUUCCUUGCUCAUUGGUUAAUCUCCACCUCUUGUCCAUUAACAAAAGGCCAACAAAUUAAAAAGAAAGAAAUCCAAAAAAGUCAUUCCCUCCUCUCCUUCAUUCCUCUCUCGGGGCCUUCUUUGGCAAAGAAAAUGGAUUCUUAUCAUCAUCUCUCUCCUCUCUCACUCCUCCAUCGGAUCAAAGAUUCCUUCCAUUCAGCCGUUUCCGCCAUCCUCGCCAACCUCUUCUCCGCCCUCUUCACCUUCUUCUUCGCUCUAGUGGGGAGUUUGCUAGGAGCCUUGACAGGGGCUUUGAUCGGCCAAGAAACAGAAACCGGUUUCAUGAGAGGAGCAGUCGUUGGUGCUAUUUCUGGUGCUGUCUUCUCCAUCGAUGUCCUUGAGUCUUCCCUCCUCCUCUGGCAAUCCGAUGAAUCUGGUAUUGCUUGCCUUCUCUACUUGAUUGACGUCAUUGCUAGCCUUUUGAGCGGGAGGCUUGUUCGCGAGCGUAUUGGUCCUGCAAUGCUUAGUGCUGUCCAGAGUCAGAUGGGAGCUAUGGAGUCACAAUUCCAAGACCAAGAUGAUAUCUUCGGCACUGCCGUUUCAAAGGGUCUCACAGGGGAUUCUCUCGACAUGAUCCCAAAGGUUCUAAUUACAGACAACACCUCAGGGGAGGAUAUGGUCUCUUGCUCUGUAUGCCUUCAGGACUUUCAGGUGGGAGAGACUGUUAGAAGUUUGCCGCAUUGCCAUCAUAUGUUCCAUCUACCUUGCAUCGACAAGUGGCUUCGCGGGCACGCUUCUUGUCCCUUGUGCAGAAGACAUCUUUGAAUUCAAACCCCUCUCAUCUUCUUUGUAAAUGAGGUAUAUAAAACCCAUACACACACUACUAGUUGGUGUUACUUAAUUAUUUAGGUUACACAUCAACCAUUGUCACUUGACUCAUCUCUUAGAGAUCCUGAUUUUCUUUUUUUAUGUAAUAUUCAUUCUUGGCUUUGGCUUGAUAUUCCAUUUAUAGAAGAAAUUUUUGGGAA